UUAGCACUGUAGGGGGCGGAGAUGUGAUGCAGUGAUAAAAAAUAAACGUGGAUUAAAAAAUGAGGUAAAAUCAGCCGAAUAUCUCUGUCUGACGCACACCAGCUGCCCACCAGCUGCUCAGAAAACGAAUAAGUGUAAUCAAAGCUUUGGCGACGUGCCCCGUGUGAGCUCUUUGCGACACUUCUGAAGACACAAUGGGGAAUACAAGCAGCGAAAGGGCAGCUGUUGGGCAGGGCGAGAAAGCCCAUCGCAGGGACAGCCGUGGAGCUAAGGAGGGGGAUCGUCCAAAAAUCCUGAUGGACAGUCCUGAAGAUGCUGAUAUUUUUCACGGGGAUGACAUUAAGGCUCCAUUAGAGAAAGAAGAGUUUCUUGACUGGAGGCAGGACAUAGAGGGCAGAGAUAAAGGUCCCUUGGCACGACCCACAGUAUUUCGCUGGACAGGUGCAGGGAAAGAAGUCUAUAUCUCUGGAACCUUUAACAAUUGGACAAAUAAGAUUCCUCUGACUAGGAGUCAAAACAAUUUUGUGGCAAUUGUGGACUUACCUGAGGGUGAACACCAGUAUAAAUUUUAUGUGGAUGGACAGUGGACCCAUGACCCCUCAGAGCCUGUAGUGACCAAUCAGCUGGGCACUGUCAACAACAUAAUCCAGGUGAAGAAAACGGACUUUGAGGUUUUUGACGCCCUCAUGGUGGACUCGCAGAAAUGCUCGGACAUGUCAGAUUUAUCAAGCUCUCCUCCUGGUCCAUAUCAUCAGGACGCUUACGUCCCCAAACAGGAUGAGAAGUUCAAGUCUCCUCCCAUCCUCCCCCCUCAUCUACUACAGGUCAUCCUCAAUAAGGACACAGGCAUCUCAUGUGACCCUGCCUUACUUCCUGAGCCAAAUCAUGUCAUGCUGAACCACCUCUACGCUCUGUCCAUCAAGGACGGCGUAAUGGUCCUCAGUGCCACACAUCGUUAUAAGAAGAAGUACGUCACCACUCUGCUGUACAAGCCAAUCUGACUGAUGCCAGCUCAUAAACUACACUACACCUGCCACGCUACUGUCUGUUCCACCCUGGAGAACUGCUGUCUAGUGUAGGUUUAUUCCUCUGCCUUUUUGGUUUUUAUUAGUGCUUCUGUGGGGUUGAUGCCAAGUGCUCAGCAUUUGGACGCUGCCAAGUGAAUAGAGACAUAAAUAACUAUCAUUUCAGAAAUAAACCCCACUCACUUUGGUAACUGAGCCAAAGCACUACGUCAUGUUACUCUCCAAGCCAUAUCAGAUCCCAAAAUAUGGUUGUGGUUGGAACAGAACUUUGUGUCUCUUUUUUGUCAUGUUUUAUUUAUUGACAUAAUUUGAAAACACCAGCUAUGUGGUUUUUCAUGAUGAAUGGAUGAGCAGACCAGUAGAAAUGCUCCAAAAGUUGAAUAAACUAAUAUUCACUAACUGGAUGAUUUAAAAUAUUUGGAAACUGAAAAGCAAUUUGACUUCAGGAGGAGGUUCUUGUACCCAUUUUUAUGAAAGUACACACUUUUGCACCAUAAUUUCAGUCUGAAAGGAAGCAAAGUUUCAUUUCUGAACCUAAAUGUUAGCAUCAGUGCAUCUAAAGAGACCAACAUAAUCUGCCUGCACUUCAUGCAAAAGCAGUGAUUUAAACUCUUUUUUUUUUUUUUUUUUUUCCAUGUUGCUCAAACCUUUCCUGUCCAAGCAGCAGUGACAUCUCCGCAGUAGUUGGACGUCUAUAUUAUAGCUUUAAUUUGAGGGCAUAAUGUUGGUUUUAAUUGCCCGCUGCAGUCCAAAUGCUUUCUGAGAAUCUUCAGAGAAUAAACGAGAAUAUGCAGGCUAGUGAGCCAACUUAUUAAAACUGCCCAAGAUGUUGAGAGGAAUACAGUUCAGUGCACACUAGAGUUUAUAGCAGCUUAAAAACAUUCAGUUGUAUGCACCCCAGUUAAAACUGCAUGUUUUUUGAUUUUCUGUGUAGAAAUACUACACUCCCUAUCGGGAACAAAUUGAAAUGUAACAUUUUCUGCAAAUUUGUGUACAGUUUCUAUUUAUUUCAGUUGAACUUAUUGGGGGAAAAAAUGAAAUGCUAAAUAUAAACAUGUCAUAACUUUGGCACUUUUUUGUUUUAAUAUUUUCCAACAUGUCAAAUUCAGCAAAUAAACAGUAAUCCUGCACCAAAAUGUGCAAAUGUGUUCUCUGUAGAGGAUGUGUUCACUUAUUUUUGCUUAGUAAAUCAACAAAAUGACUUUCAAACAGGUGCACAAGCUUUUGCUUAUGGUGCAUAGAAUCUAAAACAGGGUCACAUUAUGGUUAUAAAGAUGCUGCACUGCUCAUCACGGACACAUUCAAACAGAUAGCAUUUUAUGCCGUUUGGUAUGACAGUAGUUGUUUAUCAGUAAUGUUUUUCCAUUGUGUUGUAAUAUUUUGUUUCAGUAGUAAAACGGAAUUGGAAUAAUAAUAAGAGUAAAUAACAAGAAAUAAGAUCAAACAAAUCAGAGUAAAACACAUCUUAAUCUUUUCUUAUUCUUAUAGAAUAUUCAACAUAUUAUUUAUUAGAAUAAUUGAAGAGGUAAAUAUUUCCAACACUGAUUAAAGAGAAGAGUUUUUCUUUUUCUUUCUUGUGUAAAGUAACACAUUAAGAGAUGCGAGUUCUUUUCCGACAGUGAUGAAAUUUUGGAUGAAAUUGAGAGAUUUGCUCCAGCAGAUGUGCGUCCAGAAGUGUACAGGGUGGGCUUGCUAGACUUUGCUUGACCAUGACUGAAAAGGCUGAUUGCAUCAGUGCUAAAGUGAGAAAGUGGUUAGUUUGUUGAGACGUUAAAUGAAGUGUUUGAUAUUGAGGGCAUUAAUGAACUACAAGUGUUAAUGAAGGUACUUGCUUAUAGUUUAUAGUUAAUAUAUUUUGUAAAAAAACGAAGAGUUUUUGACUUUAAUGAUUUCAUGUAGCGUGUUGUUCUGUCAGUCAGAAAGUGGACCAACAUUAAAGGUAUGAAAUAUGUACAUUUUACUUUAACAUACCGAAAGCAUUGAGUUGAGGCGGGUGGUUUGUGUUACACACAGAAUGCGUGUUCUUUCUUUUUCUGGUGCCAGUUUUUUGCCAUUAACUGACAAAGCAUGAACUCUCUUGUAUUUUUGUAUGUUUCUCUGUCUAAAUCUCUGACUAAUCAUUUUAUUGUCUAAUUUAUUUUAUGCAUUUUUGGACUUCUUCCUGUUUUAACUUACACUCCUAAAUGCAAAAGAAUGGAAACCUGUUUUAAAUAAAGCAUUUGUCUAUUUUUAACCUUA